AUGACUAAAGCUCAACAUAUGUUAAAUGGUGAAUCUGCCAUGACACACCCAAUAGUACUAACUGGAGUCAAUGUAAAUAAUGGUAAUGCAACCAAGUGGCGUGUUGAGAACUCUUGGAGUAAGGAACGCCACGAAAAAGGUUACUUGAUGAUGACCACAGAUUGGUGUAAAGAAUUUGUGGUGGAAGUGGUCGUAAACAAGAGUCUUUUAUCCGAAGAGGUGUUGUCUGUAUUCCAACAAGAACUCCAAGUACUUUCCAUUUGGGAUCCAAUAGGAACAUUAGCCUAA